AAAUCCUCAUUUAUUCUCCUGCUGGUUUUUCUGUAGCCCGGAAGUCGGGGGCCCGCUGACGAUCGACGUCCGAUGAACGAGCGGGGCGGGGCGGCCCCGUUACGCUGAAUUCCAAACCGUGGCUCAUGUGGGGCCGAGUAUUAAAGGAUGAAUUCGUCGACCAGCAGCAGUCGCCAUCUAUCUGGCAACCUGUUCGCUGGGUACUUCCAAUUCUUCACGAUGCUUGCUCUCACCUUCCUUCAUGCUGUCGCUGCUGCUCUUCUCCCGGCUGCUGUCAAUGCGGCGUGCGGAAAGGUCAUCAUUGAUAACGAUUGGAGCGGAUCGUCGUCCUACACUCCGUUACUAGAGUUGCUCGGAGCAAACUGCACCAUACUGGGUAUUACCAGCACGGUCGCGAACGUGUAUGCAUAUCAGGGUGCCCGUCACAUUCUAAGGUUCCUGGAAAUUGCCGGCAUCGACUACAUCCCAGUCUAUGUUGGUGCUAAUGAGCCUUUGAUCAACACUGUCGAGCGGUCUGCUGCCUGGCAAGCCGUGUUUGGCGCGUUCACCUGGGACGGUGCUUUCAGUCCCGAUAAUGCUACACUGGACGCUCAAGGCGGUGACCCAACGGGGAAUAAUCCCCUCGAACUGACGAACAUCCCGGAAGGUGUGCCAACAAUGAAGUGGCAGAAUCAGUCUGCCGUGGACUUCAUGAUCGAGAUGGCCCACCAGUAUCCAGGCCAGGUUGAGAUCGUCGCUGCAGGUGCGAUGACAACUGUUGCGCUGGCCAUCAAGCAGGAUCCCUACUUUGCUUCCAAUAUAAAGAGGAUCAGCAUUCAAGGCGGGUACGUUGACGUCAACCUGAAACAGACAGACCCGACUCCCGCCAAUCAGACUUUCCCGAAUGACGACGUUUAUGCCGACUUCAAUUUCUUCAUCGAUCCUGAAGCGGCCAAGAUCGUCGUCAACGCACCAUUCCAAGAGACCGUCAUUGCGGGUCAGGUGUCUAUUCCAUAUCUCGUCACCCCUGCGAUUUUCAACGAAACUAUCUCCAUGGUUACCCCGAUUACGCAGAACCUGAGCACGUAUUGGGCCAGCUCCAUUGGCACACCGCUCUGGGAUGAGAUUGCGGCCGGCGUGAUUGCGUAUCCUGAGAUCGUGACGAAGAGCCGUGUUGUGUACAUGGAUGUCGAUGUGGCAUACGACUCCAUUUUCUAUGGCCGUACCUUUGUUGCCGUUGCUCCUUUCCAACCUGUCAACUCCCGCAACGUCACUUUUGUUGAGCAGAUUAAUUUCUCCAGCUUCCUCAGCAGCUUUAUUCCGGCCCUUCAGGGAAAUUAUGCCACUAGGAGAGUGUAAAGACAAUGAGAUUGCUGUGCUAUAACAUCGAGUAUAGUCGGUGCUUAAUAGAGGUAUAAUUUAGUCAGUCCAAAUAUAUCACAGCUCAGGUGAUACAUUCCGGGCCCGCAUCCUUUCCAACCACUUGGGUGUAACUAUUUCCACGCAAUCUAGCACCAAUCUUGUGCCUGGUGUGCGUGAUUGUAUUUUGUGUAUUUUGCCUCUUCUCGAGCGUUUACGAACAAUUGUCCGCUUCAUGUUCAGAGCGUCCACGUCUAUUUCAAGGGGCUCUAUUUUGACAUCAUCGAAGACGCGCGCCCAAGUGCUUCUUGGCUGAUAGAAUCCUUCAAUUAAUUCACGCUGGAACUUCUCGUCGUAGCCGUAACACUCCAAAGCACAGACCGCGACGGUCAACAGACCCACUGCAAAAUCAUUUCGCACCAAGUCUACUGUCACCUCCUUAUACCUCCUCUCCCGUAGGCAGCGCUGAACCUCUUCCUCUGUCGCAGGGCGAUGAUAUCCUGCGAGCUGCAGUUCUCGCUGGGCGAUGUGCCUCGCACACCUGUAUCUGACUAACUUCCCAUUGGGGGAGCCAAUCUUCGUUUGCCAGUCAGUGCCAAAGAUGCAUGCUAUUCGCGUCUCCCGGACCACAAGAUCUUGACUCAUCCAUUCCUCCACGGAGAGAGGUUCCGAUGGUAAAAAUCGAUAAUGACCAAUAUACUGCCAUCUGUCAGACGAUCUGCGAACCCAUGUGGGUAUUGCUGUUGGUGUCAACUCAGGAUCCCGAAAGCACUCCGGGGAACCCAUGAAAGUCAGUCCUGGCUCCCCUGGCUGCCGCGGGGCAUGAGGGCUCCACGUAGGCAUCAAAAAGCAAUAUUGAGGGAUACCAUGUGCUUUGACAAAGCGCUGAGCUGGUCGAGGGGUUAC